CAAUUAUAAAGGAUUUCCAACAUGUUCAUCAAGUAUUAAUUGAGCAAGUGCUGUGGUGCUGAGUUGUUCAUAUUUCUGAAGGUAAUCUUUUUGUUGUUCAAUAACACAGAGCAGAGUUUUAGUGGCUAUUCAAAGUCUUGAAAUCAUGAACUACGCCAAACUGUUGUUGAUGGUCACCUUGGUAACCGCGCUGGUGCCGGUCAAGCCAGACCCGUCUACACGCCUCACUCGGCAGCUGAACAGCGCGAAGAACCAGAGCCUCUUCGAACAACAAUGCAACAAGAAAGACCAGUUUGUAGUGAAGAAAUAUAACACUACAAUGAAAUGUAUAUGGUAUACUAAUACCGGCAGUGACGCAUUUCUUCCAUAUUAUGUCGCCAAGAAAACCUGUGCAGAUAAAGAUGCUAUCUUAGUGAUAACUCGGACUAAAGACGAUAUGGAACUCAUUGCCUCAGUUCGCAAAGUUUUUUGGGUUGGAAUGGAUGAUUAUCCUAACGGUGUUUACAAAUGGACUGAUACAAAUGCAACUGUUGUCAACUUCUUAUCCUACUUUACCGAUUACCCUAAGAACUGGCAGAAUUAUUCAGUAUUCAACAAACUCAGAUGUGUUCUAUUUAUAAGUGAGACUAGAAGUCAUUAUGUCUCCAAUUGUAACUACGAAUUGGCCUACAUCUGUGAAAGCCGUUGAAUGUCCAAUACAAACAUGGUGUCUUGCCCAACUAGAUAUUUGUAACCGAGAUCAAAGCAGAAUAAAGUCCAAGUAGCAAAAAUACAA